UCUGGACAACUACACCUGUUCAUUGAAGCCCCAGUGUCCACUCCUGAUCUGACCACUAAGUGUCUGACUGAUGGAGAGAUGAGGGUGUCCUGCUCCUCUAAGGGGGAUUUUGUCCAGUUUAACUGGACUCUGAUUGGAGACCCACUGAUAGACACUGAGAGGACUGUUGGUAAUGAGACAAACACCAUAACUCUGAAGAAAGGCUGGUCUGGAAUCCUCACCUGUCAUGUCAGGAACCACGUCAGCAAUGCUAACCACAGCAUAAAGAUAUCACAUUGUCCUGGGCUUAGAUUGGCUAACUGCACCUUCAUAAAUGGGAUGAGGAUAUUGGAGUGGGUGAAAGACCCUGUCAGUACUCUGUGUCUUGACCCUACAACAGUGAGCCCCAUUACUGUGACAGACGCCUCCACCAGUAGAAAUGUCACUGUAAUAGCGGGUUCUCUGGCAGGCCUGAUGCUUGUCCUGGUAAUUGUAUUUACAUUUUACUGUGUCCAGAAGAAAAAGAAACCUUUAAAGACGCCAGAUCUCGCUCUCUCUACAGUCACUGGUCACAGCCAGGAUGUGGAAUAUGCUGAUAUCAGGAUACUGAAGAGAGAGAUGGAACCGAAGGAGAGGAAGACACGGGGGGAAGUGGAGUACGGACAGGUGAAAGGUUCGAGAGAACCCAAACCACCAAUGGAGGUGGAGUAUGGACAGAUUACAAUUUUAGAGGGUCCCAGGAGGAAAGCAGACAAACCUGAGGAGAACUGUGUGUACGCCAGUGUGCAGAAAGGCCAGUAACCAAAGGACUGUCUAGAUACAAUAUUAGAGAAUGGGAGGGGAUUUGAGUUUAAAUUAUAAUUUACAUUGCAAAAAUCUCUCCUUUCUAUUGGUGUGUGAAGUUGUUCACUAAGUGCAUCUCCAGAGGUGGAUUGUCAUGCCAGUGAGACAUAUUGACCUGCCAGUGAGACACAUUGACCUGCCACUGUGUUCUCAAAUAAAUACCUUGAGCUACAAAACAAUAAAUACAUCAGCUAAACACUGAGUCUCUGAAACACAA